AUGACUCUAACUUCUCAGGCUUAUCAACUGGAUGCAGAUCUGAAGAAAUUUAUCGAAAAGGGAUACAUUGGACCAGAGUUUACCAGGAAAGAGCAAGAACUGUCACAAAUCCGAAAGGAUUUACAAAGAAUCGAGUCAGAUAUAGCUAAAGAUCAUUCACAAACCAUCUAUGACCCUUAUCCAUCUUACCCCUCUAGUUUUCAACUCCCCACAUAUCCAGCAUCACCUCCUUCUUAUCCCAGAGAAUCUGAUUACAGCAAGAUCAGUCAUCAACAUGGAACCUCUGAACCUGAAUCUGAUUCCUCUAUUGAGUACAGUUCUAACUCUGAUCCGGAGAUAUAUCAUGCUGAUAUCUCUAAAGUAGCAAUGGUCCAGCCAGAUCCCACAGUUGAAGAUCCUAUUGAUGAAGACCCAUCUGUUCCUCAAACACCUGAGCCAAGAAGAACAGACUAUAAACCUACUACAGGUCCAUGGUUCACUUUUGAUGAUCUUCCUCCAGAAAAAUGGAGAGACAGACUCCAUGAGUUCGGAGCAUGGAUUGACCUGCAGCUUGCCAGGCAUGAUGCAACUCUUGAGGAAGUUCUUACAGAAUUUCUCUCAAGACUAACAGGAACAUUAAGAGAAUGGUAUCAAAGUCUCAGCGAUUACCAGAAGAUAGCAGCAGCCAGAGUUGAUAAUGCAGGAACUCUCCUAGGACUCAUUCAUAAGGAAUUCAUUGGUGACUUCCAGAUCAUUAACAAAAGGCAUCGCCAAGAAUACUUUGAGAUGAAAUGCUGCUCUUUAGACAAAAGAGACUUGCAGAAACAUUUCCAGAGAAUGUCUGAAAAAUACUACAUGCUUGGAGGAGCCAAUGAUGUCAAUCUCAGGCAUACUUUUAUUGCCUCUCUUCCAGAUGAAUUACAACCAGAACUUCAUAGAGCUAUCAAUGCACUCCAUAGAAACAUGGCUGACAUUUCCAUUGGAGAAAUAUAUCAGUUGGCAUUAGCAACUGUGGAUAAGCUCUGUGAACAACAGAAGUUCUUCAAAGGAAUGCUGAAAGGACAGUCAAAGCUCAGGCAUGCAUGCAAGAAACAACAUCUGAAAAUAAAGUGCAAGGAUGAUAAAGAUUGCUCUUGUUCUACCAAGAGAAAAUCUCACUAUCGUCGAUUCAGAUAUCCAAAGGGUUCUUACUCCAGGAGAAGAUCCAGAAAGCCUUUCCUGAGAUACUUCAGGAGGCGCAGACCUUACUCAAAGAAAUCUGACAGGUGCUACAUAUGCAAGAAAAAGGGGCAUUUUGCAAAAAAUUGUCCUAACAAGACAAAAAAGGAUGUCAAAAUGCUAGAACAUUUGCAGACUGUUCUCAUGAUCAAUGAAGAUGAAGAUGUAGAAUCCGUGAUCGAAGAACAAGAUGCUCAGGAUGAAGAGACACAAUAUAUUCUUCCUUACUCUGAAGAUGAGGAAACUGAUUCUGAAUCCUUUUCUCAAGAAGAUGAUAGUCCUCAAGGGUAUUUAUAUUCCCUUGAACAGCCUGUGCAUCCGUCUCUUUCCUUGGUUCCGUGGCUUCUCAGUCAGAACACAACAAAGUCACUCUUAAGCCAAAUGUCAAAAUUCAUAUCCUUCCAGGAAGAUAUGAAAAGCCAAUUCCUGUUAUUGCCUUUAUUGAUACUGGAGCAUGCAGAACCAUCAUGA